ACCUCCAGGCAACGGACUACAAAUAGCGCAUUCAGUCGUGACCGCUUCUCAUUUUUUGGUAUUUAAAAAACAAAACUGCAUUUAUAUGGCGUGUUUCCAGCCCAGAAAGUAAUCCACGAACCGAAUCUGAUUAAAUCCGACAGCUGAAUUUGAACACAACACCAGGAGUGUUCGCCUUUUUUACUUCUAUCCUUUUUGUCCUUGCGGUGCACCCGUAGGAGCGCGCCGGCCCCGGGACAAACAGGACAAAGGAUGGACACACACGAUGAGCCGUACACACCGGUGCGGUGUCACUGGUUCUACAAGCAGAUAGCGGACGGCAAAGACUCUUGGAAACCAUUCAGUAGCGAAGAUUCGCAGAAGCUGGAAGAGGCUCACACACACGGUGCUGACGAUGAGGUGGUGGUGGCCACGGAGGGCAGGCGCUAUGAUGUGAGAUUGAAGGAGCGACGCCGUCAUGCCAUUUAUUGGGAUCAGGCCCCAUCUGAAGUGCGAAGAUGCUCCUGGUUUCACAAAGGCAACAAGGAGGUGUUCUACACACCCUACACCGAGGAGAUGAGCGAGCUGCUGGAGGACUCCUACAUGAUCUCGAUGUCCCUCAACGAAUGGAAAAGAAACUUGUAUCUGCCUACAGGGGAAACAGUAAUUCUUCACAAUCCUAAGCUGAUGACUCAGCACCAAUCUUUUUCAUUUGACUGUCCACCGUCUCCAAGCGAACGAACUCAACCCAGGACACUAAAGAGAGGAGUGGAGAAUAUUCCAGUGGAAAUCCCACAGGGAGAACCAGACAUUGUGGAUCACCUGGUGUUCAUGGUUCAUGGUAUUGGGCCAGCAUGUGAUCUACGUUUAAGAGGAAUCGUGCAGUGUGUCAACGAGUUCCGCAGCGCUGCUCAUACCCUCAUCAAAAGUCAUUUCUGCACCAGUGAUGAAAACAAGGCUGUGGGUCGAGUCGAGUUUCUGCCUGUUAACUGGCACAGAGUUCUGCAUGGAGAAAGCACGGGGGUUGACAGAGAUAUGGAGCGAAUCACUUUGCCCAGCAUCAGCGGCCUGCGCCAGUUCGCCAACGACACAGUGUUGGACCUGUUCUUCUACAACAGUGCCACCUACUGUCAGACCAUUUUGGACACAGUAGCCUCAGAGAUUAACCACCUAUACUACAUCUUUCUCCAAAGAAACCCACAAUUCACUGGAGCCGUGUCAGUGGCAGGACACAGUCUGGGUUCAUUAAUCCUAUUUGACCUGCUGACUAAUCAGAAGACAGCAGCAGAGAGCAACAAUGCAGCACAGGAUGGAAAGUAUGAGGAGCAGUAUGAAGCCCUGCGCUCUUUGUCAGUCUCAGACUGCAGUUCCUGUGAGAGCCUAGAAGAGGUGCUAAAGAGCAUCGGCCUGAAGGAACAUCUCAAAAUCCUACAGAGGGAACAAAUGGACAUGGAGUCUCUGAUGCUGUGCUCUGAGAGAGACCUGAGAGAUCUGGGAAUCCCUCUCGGACCUUGCAAAAAGAUUUUGAACUGUGUGAAUAAAUGGAAGCACAGAUCUGUGGCCCACAUCGGAAAACAUUCCUCUCGUACAGAAGAGAAAGAUUCUUCUGUACGUCUCAUUCAAGAGAGUCGGCCGAAAACCAGCGCCGUUGACUAUCAGCACUUCGAUGUGGGGAUUGGCCAGGUUUCUAUUAAUUACCCUCAGCUCAGCUUCCAUCCCCAGGCCUUCUUUGCCUUCGGCUCUCCUAUUGGCAUGUUCCUGACUGUCCGUGGCCUUAAGAGGAUCGAUCCAAACUACAGCUUCCCCACCUGCAGCAGCUUCUACAAUGUCUUCCAUCCUUUGGACCCGGUAGCAUACAGGAUCGAGCCCAUGAUUUUGCCUCCAGACGUAGAGGUAGCACCCAUGCUGAUGCAGCAUCACAAGGGCAGGAAGAGGAUGCACCUGGAGCUGAAGGAAGGUCUGACGCGUGUCGGCUCAGACCUGCUGGGGUCUUUGAGGACAGUGUGGCAAACUUUCUCCCAAUUUCCUGUUCCGGCACUGGCUGAGGGAAAUGACAUGCCUACAGCAGUGAGCACCGCAGAGGAAAUGGAAACCUCACCACUGGAACAGGAUGAGAAAAAAAUUAUCCAGGUGGGGAAGCUGAACGGUGGCCGGCGCAUCGAUUAUGUCCUUCAAGAGAAACCGAUCGAAAGCUUUAAUGAGUAUCUGUUUGCCAUUCAGAGUCACCUGUGCUACUGGGAGUCUGAGGACACAGCUUUGCUGGUUCUCAAUGAGAUUUAUGGGAAUGAUAAUUGUAAAUCUCCUCAGCAGUAGAGAACCAGAACCGGGCUGCCUGAGCUAAGCAAAACUCGUUCUCCAUGGUCAGGUUUACAUAUGUCAUCGAUUAAAGGUGCAGUUUGUAAUUACACAGACCCAUUAUAAUAAUAGUAACUACAUUCUAAAAAUGCCUGUGAUUUGUAAUAUGGCUAUGCACAAGCUAGUUUCUUCAGUAGAUAGAUGUUUCAUAUUUUUCUGGCCCAGAAUUGGAUCCACCCCCAUGCCAUUACUCAAGUUUAUGUGCUUUAAUCUCAGUUAGCCUUGCACAUGACAAACUGCACCUUUAAAAUAGCAAUACACAACUUUCAGUCCUCAAGGACCCGGUGCUUUAUGGUUUCCAUACUACAUGUAUGUACGAGGUACCAUGUACCAUACUACCUGUACCAGGUGACAAUAAACGCACAAAUGAUUUAGUGAUUUAGAAGCAUACAGGACUGCAUUUACAUAUAAAGGCAAAGUUUAAUUACAUGUUGGUUGCCUCAGAUUUGUGCCAUGUUCACAGCAAGGCCAGUAGUAUGCUAAUAGUUUUAUUAGCAUAUAUAAUAAUAAAUAAUAGUUUCACGUCCCCAAAAUGUUGUCCAGGGUAGAGAGGGAGAGGAGUGCAAAUGAUGAGAUAUGGAAACUAGUAAAAUGGAGAGGAAGUGGAUUUGAUAUGCCUUCAUUGGAACUGGUCCUUCCUUGUUUUCAAGUUAUGGAAACACGGUUGUUAGGCAACUGAAAAUCAUAGCCAGAGACCUUAAGCUCACUAAUGACUAGCUAACUUAAACAAUUUCAAUUGACUCCUCUGUAAUAGACAUAUAUUAGAAUAAUUUGUAAUCACUGGAAUUGUUAGUUAACUGUAUAAAUGUUUACGCUAUUCCUUGAUUAAAACAUUUUUCUGUGAAA